AUGUUCACCUCUUCUCUCCUUCUCGUGUCAUCUCUGGUGGCCGGCGCUUUUGCCGCCGCCCGAACCGAAGCCCCCAGUGGUGCCAUCGUUGUUGGUGAAGGUGGCGAUUUCUCUUCCAUUCAGGAAGCCGUCAAUUCCGUCUCCGGCUCCGACUCUGUCAUCUUCGUUAAGCCUGGAACCUAUGAGGAGCAGGUUCUCAUUCCCGAAUCUGCUGGGGCUCUUACCAUCUACGGAUACACCGAGGAUGACCAGGAUUACUCCAAGAACCAGGUCACUCUCACUCACAGCCUCGGAGCUGACGAGGCUGGAAACAACGACUCAUCCGGCACUCUUCGGGCCAAGAACAACGGCCUCAAGAUGUACAACAUCAACGUCGCCAACUCGCGAGGCAAGGGUGUCCAGGCCAUCGCCCUGAGCGCCUACGGAGAUGAGCAGGGUUACUACGGCUGCCAGUUCACUGGUUACCAGGACACCAUUUUGACAAACAAGGGCAAGCACUAUUUCCACGCCAGUUACAUUGAGGGUGCUACCGACUUCAUCUUUGGCCAAGAGUCCGUUGCUUGGUUUGAGCAAUGUGAUAUCGGAGUCGUCGCGAAGGGUUACAUCACCGCCAACGGUCGUGACAGCGCGGAGAACCCUUCCUACUACGUCAUCAACAAGUCAGUUGUUAAGGCUGCUGGUGCCGGAGAUGGCGAGACCUACCUCGGUCGUCCGUGGCGAGAGUUUGCCCGCGUUGUCUUCCAGAACACCGAACUCGGCAGCGUCGUCAACUCUGCUGGUUGGCUUCCAUGGGGUGACAACCCUACCAACAACGUCGAGUACGGAGAGUUCGGAAACACUGGCGCCGGUGCCAGCGGUGACCGUGCCAGCUUCUCCAAGCAGUUGAGCGCUGCUGUUUCCAUUGACGAGAUCCUGGGUUCCACCUCUUGGAUUGACUCCAGCUAUGUCAGCGGCACUGGCUCCUCUGAGCAGCCCAGCACUGGCGAUUCCUCUCCUGAGACCGAGGAGCCUGCUGCUGCUGCCCCCACUACUGCUGCGGAGGCUGUUGAGCCCGUCGUUGACGAGCAGACCAGCGCUGCUGCUGCUGCCCCUACUGGCGCCGAUGAGGCUGUCAGCCCUGCUCCCGUUGAGGCCACCUCUGCUCAAGAGGUUGCCGAUCCCGUUGUGACCCAGCCAGCUGACAAUGACAACGGCGGCAACAACAAUGGAAACGACUGGUGGAACGGUGCUCAGCCUACCUGGAACUGGGGUGGCUUCUUCCCUCAGAUGGACAAGCAGAACCCUACCACUCUCCAGACUCUUGUUCGCCAGACCGAGGCCGCUGAGGUCAACACUGUGGAGCCUGAGAUCAACACUCCCGUCGCUGAAGCUCCCGUUGAGGCUCCUACCGAGGCUGUAGAGGUCGCUGAGCCUGCUGCCUCUGCUUCUGCUGUUCCCGCCUCUUCCGACGAUGACUGCAGCGGUACCCCCGAUGGCUUCGCUUCCCUGAACGGAGGAACCACUGGUGGCAAGGGCGGAGAAGUCGUCAUUGUUUCCACCCAGGAGGAUCUUGAGAAGUAUGCUGGCUCGGAAGGCAAGUACGUCAUCAAGGUCAAGGGAACCAUCACCAUCACCCCCAAGGGCAAGGAGGUCGAGGUCAAGUCUGACAAGACUAUUGUCGGUAUCGGUGCCGACGCCGAGAUCAACGAGGGUGGCUUUAUUGUCAAGAGCCAGCGCAACAUCAUUUUCCGAAACCUCAAGAUCGGCAACACCUACGUAGAGGGUGAUGAGGAAGGCAAGACUCAGGACUUUGACGGUAUUCAGAUGGACACUUGCGAGAACAUCUGGAUUGACCACGUUCACCUCGAGAAGGGUGGUGAUGGUCUCAUUGACAGCCGAAAGGAUACGACCUUCCUGACUGUCUCUUGGACCAUUCUCCGCAACCACAACAAGGCCUUUGGCAUUGGUUGGACCGACAACGUCGUCACGGAAAUGACCAUCCACCACAACUACUUCGACUCAACCACCCAGCGCAACCCCUCGGUCGACAACGUCAAGCACGCCCAUCUCUACAACAACUAUCUUGUCGGCCAGACAUCAUACGGCCACUACGCCCGCGGAAGCACCGAGAUGCGCCUCGAGAACUGCUACUUCGAAAAUGUCAAGAACCCCAUCACGGCCGACAGCACCGCCAAGCUCAACCAGUCAGGCAGCGUCUUCAAGAGCACCAAGGGCACCACUGCCAAGAACACUGGCGAUGUAUUUGAUCCCAAGGAGUUCUAUGACUAUACUGCUGAUGCUGCUGAGGAUGUUCCCAAGAUUGUUGGUGAGGGCGCUGGCCGACAGGCAAGCAUUUGCCCUGCUUAA